UGUGAUUGGACAGCUGACAGAAAAACAGGUUACGCCAUAUUGUCAGCUUCCGAAGACAGCGCUAAAUUCUUUACAAAAUGAAAAAAUAGCUUUCGUGACCGACUGUAGACGCAAAUAUGGACCACACUGGGGCAAUGGAAGGCGCACCCACGAAAGACAGCUCUGCUAAUCAGGGGUCUGGUGUUUGCCUGAGAAGUCGACCAUGCUCCUUCGAGAGAGACGGUCAGGUGCGGGCUGUCAAAGCUGCUCUCCAGUCCAGGUUGGGGCCCUAUGAGCCAGUCCUGACCUAUCUACAGUCCGUCCUGCUAUGGGAAAGACCAUUUCAAAGUGUGCUCCUCUACAUUGUGGUCAAUGUUGUUUUCUGGUUUUUUGCCCUGACCUCACUGCGCCUGCUCUUCCUGCUGGCGUCCGGCUUGGCUGUUGCGGUCUGUGUUGAUACCUGGAGGAAUAAGAUCUGGCCAGUGAUUAAAGUCAAAAGUCAAGAUGAAUCAGAAAAUGAGAGCUGGGGUCUGGUGCAGCCUGGCAUCCUCAGCGUGCCUGAACUGUGUCACCAUAUCGCUGAGGCCUGGGUCAGUGCAGCAGUGCUCACAUCCACCAUGGUGCAAUACAAACGACAGAAUCCUGGAAAGUUCUGCAUCAUGACCUGUGGAGUGUUUACCUGUCUGGCUGUGGUUGGACGCUAUAUUCCAGGACUGGUGCUUUCCUACUCUGCUGUGUUGGCGACUCUGCUGGCCCCUCUCGGAGCCUAUCAUAGGAUCUUUCAGCAUGUAUGUGUGAAGCUGGAGCCAGCCCUGCAGCGGCUGGACUUCAGUGUUCGUGGAUACAUGAUGUCAAAGCCUAUUGAUAACCAGUUUCUGCGGAAGCCAAUACAUGGUGCAGCCUCAGGUGAAGCCAGUGACAGUGAGGAGGAGCUGGCUGCUUUCUGCCCAACAUUUGAUGAUGCUGUUGUUGCGAAGGAGCUUGCACUGACUGACUCUGAGCACUCAGACGCUGAAGUGUCCUACACUGAUAAUGGAACGUUUAAUCUGUCGCGUGGCCAGACUCCGCUCACAGAGGGAUCUGAGGAUCUUGACAGACACAGCGACGCAGAAGAAUCCUUCGCUCAGGACCUCCCAGACUUCCCCUCUAUAAACCCUGACGCCACUCUGAUGGAUGACGAUGAUGACACAAGCAUCGGUCUGCCUAGUCUGGGUCCAUCUGGGCUAGCUAGUCACCGGGCCUCAGUGCUGGAUGUAGAUGCUCAUCUGGACUCAGACCAGGAGGAUCUUGAUGCAGAACUGUCUCUCAGUGGCCUGCCACCUGCUUCAGAUUUUUCUGGAGACCUUGCAGGAGUCAUCGCCAGUAACAUGAUUCAGGCAGCGCUGGCUGGGGCAAUGCAACCUCGGCGCCCUGCCCACCGCAGAGAAGGCCCUCCUAGGGCCGGAGCCCACCGAAGCUAUCGCAAGCAGUCGAGCUCAGAACUGGACACGGACUUGGAUGUAGAGGACUUUGAAAUGCUGGAUCAGUCUGAACUGAACCAGAUGGAUCCUCUUGGAGGAGGAGGGGGCAGUAGACGGGGAGAGAGCCAGGGGUCUAACUUUUUGUCUAGCUUGCUGGGUAAACCACAGUGAGGUGUGCGUGUGUGAACAUGUUGGUAAGCUAUGAGUGUGUGCUGUGGGAGAUGAUUUAAGUUCCAGCGUCCCUGUUCCUGAUUGGCCUCAGUUUAUCACUGUGAAGUUCUUUAAUUUUUAUAUUUUCUCCAGGACUUUAAAAACCAGAUCAUCCAGAAAACUUUACUUUGUAGGCUGAGCAAUAGGAAAUGCAACCACAGGAGUAAAAAAUCCACACAUGAAAGAAACCAGCAUUAUUGAGCCUCGCAAGUCACACGGGUGACUGUUAGAUAAAGAACUUCAGUGCCCACACUAUCUUUGGCACUAUCAGUGCCCCCAUCUUUUCUACAUGGAGGUCUACAUGUACAGGGCUAUUUAACAUGGGACCAAAUCUGACAUUCCUGUUGGUGGAGCUGAGCCAUGCAGCUGUGAAAAUAACAUAAUGAAACAGAACUUUGGGAUAUUUUUCCAUAACAUUUUAACACAGCAGCUCAUGUUGCUGUUGAUGUUUCUGCUCUGCUGUCCCUUCAAGGUGGCUGUGAUCUGUUAGAUGAAUCAUUUAUUGUUAGGGAUGCAUCGAUACCACGGUUUUCCAGACUCAGUCUGAUCACUUACAUUUGGGUUCUCAGAGAACAAAUAAUCGUACUUAAUAAUACCAUAAUCGUUCUUGAAAUUAUUUUUAAAUCAGUUUAUUUUCAUCAGGUGUUCUUCCUUUCUCUAGACAAUUUAGUAGUGCAUAAUUUUCAUUCUCCUCUACUUUUCUCCAUCCAUUAUUCCAUUUUCUUCCGCUUAUCCGAGUCGCAGUGGCAGCAGGCUAAGCAAAUAGGCCUAGACAUCCCUCUCCCCUGCAACCUUUUCCAGCUCUUCCUAGGGGAUUCUGAGGCAUUCCCAGGUCAGAUGAGAUAUAAAGUCCCUCCAGUGAUUCCUGUGUCUACCCUGAAGUCUCCUCCCAGUUGGAUGUGUCUGAAGACCUCUACUUCCACUUUCUUACCUACUUUUUCAUCCAAAAUGCAAAUAUAGCCCCAACUUUAAUGACCUACUCACACAAUGAGAGGUUAAGGUCAUGCUUUGAAAUGCUACACAGUUAUGAGAGUACUAAGUUUGGUGUCCGCACCAAUAUCAAAUACUGGUACUGGUGUCAGUGCAUCCCUAUUUAUUGUUAGGGGUUAACAGAAAUUAUGAUUUUGUUAUCCAGUGCUGUGGAUUUGGACAGCCUUCUGUGAUAGAGGUGAAAAAGGUUUGAACAUUUCUCAAGCUGUUUUCCUUGCUUUUCCUUCAUAUGGAGAUAUUUUCAGGAGUUCUGUUUUCAUUGAAGAAUGUCACAUUACAGUCUUAAGAUACUUGGAGGAACACAUGAUGUUACUUGUUUGUUGUAUUUAUAAACUUGUGCCCCUGAGUGAGAUUUUCUUUUUUCUUUCCAUAUGAACAUGCUCAGAUUAUUUUUCAUUUUUCUGCCCUUUAACUACAGAUCUAAAGCAUAUUGUGGCCAUGUUUAAUUCCUUGGAUUAGCCCACAGCUGUGUUUUUUAAAUUAUUAUUUUUAAAAUUAUAUUUCCACAGAUAUCUCUCUGUCCUUUACUAGCUUUGUAUUUAAUGUCAUCAACAGUCAUGCUGAACUUUUUAGGAGAAAAAAUAAAUAUUCCUCAAUCAUAAACUAUUGCUAUUUUGAUGGGGGAAUAUGUUUACAUGAAACGGGGUAAAGAAAGUUCUCCUAGUAUCUUUUAUUAGUGUUUGUAUGUAAAGGUUUAAGAUGGCUUUUGUGUGCAGAUCAGUCUGACCUCCUUUAGAUGGACAAACCAUGUCAGUAUGGCAAACAUAACAGUGGAAAUGGCACUUAUAAAAGCUACAGUUUGGAUUAGAUGAAGUAGCUGUUUCAAAAAGUAAAAAAAUGCUGGGGUUAAAUUAUGGCUCAUUGUUGUAUAUUUAGAUUAAAUCACAGCUGCAAAGAUUUAGAGCAGGAAAAAAUGCUGUAUCCUCAUUUUUAGAGAUGAAGUAGAAAAAAAACAUGCACUGUUAGGAAAUUGCUGGGAUUUGAAAGUCUCUGUUGAGAUUUGGUUUUGUCUCAUCAGUUAACCAGAAUGUUGCUCAUUGCUGCACCAUGAAGAGCCAGUUCCUCAUUAAGAGUGAUCUGUGGUCAGUUUGAUCAUGUAAUGUGCAUAGUUGUGUUUUUUUUCCUCUCUGUACCUGGUUUUUGAUAUGUUUUGACGUGUAUUGAAUAAAAAUGUUUGCAAAUAA